CUUUUACAGUGGAGAAAGAUUGAAGCCUCUGUAAGAUUUGUUAUUGCCUACUGGGAUAGACAACCUCCAAAUAAUACUGUCUGUCAGUAUGACAUGCAGAUGAGUGCCGUCGAUCUUAGAAUCACUGCACACUUCACUCCUUUGGCCAGUCACGGGGCCAAAACCAGUGUUUGGAGCCACAGUGUGGCGGUGGAGGCAGCAGCAAUGGGAGGCCAUACAGCAACCUAUGACAAAAUGGAAACCAGCAGGAGCGUGAGGAGACCUGAAAGUGGCACAUGGCAGAGUGUGGCGAUGGAGACAGCAGCAAUGGGAGGCCGUACAGGGACCCAU